AUGUCAAUCACAGAUUUGCCUCUAGAGCUUUUGACUCGUAUUUGCGAGCAUCUAGAGCCUCAAGAAUGGGGCGCAUUCCGGAUUUCUUGCCGCCAAAUAUACGACAACACACUGGAAGCCUAUACGACGCGAUAUUUCAAAAGAGUCACGAUUCUUCUCACCCGUGAAGGUCUUGACCGCUUGGAGUAUGUUGCAGCCAGUGAAACUCUUCGUGGCUCGGUUGAAGAAAUUUGGAUCAUCCCGAAUUUGUUCGAUCACUGGGCAAACUUGGACAAGGCAAGUUUUACAAAGGUGGACAUUAGGAGAUAUUUGUUGAGAUUAGGACGUCAUCCAACAACGGAAGAACACAAUGAAGUUCAGGCUGAGCUCGAGGCUCUAUUUGCCGUCUACGAAGCUACAAUGGCAGAACACCGUGCCAUUCUCGAGCCCCCGGGACUGUUGGGUCGCCUUGAAAAAUGCCUACCACGCCUCGAGAAGGCUGUCACCCUUGGACUACGAUCUUAUGAGACAAGGUUCCUCCUGAAUAAAGCAAGAAAUACUGACUUUACUUGUCUGGGCUUACGUGAAUUGAAGAGUCAUUUCAACUUCAAGAGGUCCCCAAUGUUUCAUCAGAGCGUAUCUUAUAUGCCUUACAGUUUGGUAUUCUUGCAACUACUUAACGCCAUAGUAAAAUCCAAUCGAAAGGUCCAAGCCCUCCAUACAUGCAGCCAUUACUUUUGUGGCAUGAAGUUGGAAUCCUUUCAACUGCCAGAGUCACAAUAUCAAUCACUGCUUCCACUCUUGAAGGAUCUGACGACUCUACAUAUGUGCAUUCGCCUCAAAGAUCAUGAACAAGAAAACUUCGAUGAAGACACCUUUAAACGUCUUCUCAAUAUCAUGAUCACAGCUGCACCGACACUGAAGACUCUCAGCUUUGCUCAAUGGAGCCCAAUAGAAGAACUAUCCCCUCGUUACUUCAAGGAUGUCUCUCAGAGAAUACAAUUCACCCAGCUAGAGGAACUUCACCUUCAUUCGAUUGAGGUGACAGUAAAUAGCCUCGAGGAAUUUCUACGGACAGCAGCCCCAACGUUGAAGCGACUGAGUCUGAGAUUAGUCAGUUUAGUUGAUGGGAUAACAUCAGCACCAGAUCUAGGAUCCCUGACUCAAAACAGCCGUAGUUGGGUCACUUCAAUGUCUACCGAAGUCAGAACCGAGAUACAGGGGCUCUGGAAGCGCGUUUUCGAAUUCUGGGCAGAUCACCUCAAGCCGCAAUACGUCGAAGUGUCCGUGCUUGGGUACCGGGGAAGAUCCAUAACACUGCAUGACAACUUGUAUAUGGAACGUGGACAACGGGACGCAGAGCCUUUCCCUGGCGUGAAUCCCUCAAGUUUCUAUUUUGAUGUUGAGAAGGCGAAUCUAUCUUUCAAAGAAUGGGUCACGCAGCUUCAGAUAGAGAUGGUGCAUCAGCCAUUCUUGGGUGGACCAAAGCUUCCAGGGACCAGCAAGAUCCACUUGCAUGCCCCUGGCCAGGACUUUAGUGGGCAGUUUCCUGCGGUUUGUAGAAAUCCAUCAAGUAUGAGCAGGGCAUUAAUAGGUUAG